UAAAACAAGAGCCCUAAACUUCGAGGGUUUAAACUUUAGGAAGAGAAAACCCUAAGUCCCCUUUCAAAGGCAUACUAAAACUUCCUGUUAACGCACUAGAGGUAUAGAGUCUUAAUAUUGAAGAGCAAAGCCAACAGAUUGCAAAUCAACAGGGUAAGUGCUGUAGGAAUGGCGAAAUCUAUGAGGUCAAAGAGGAAGAGAAGGCUUAGAACACUGAGAAGAGAAAUAGCAGAACCAUUCUAUGACAAGAAGGAGCAGGCGAAGCUUGCCGCUCAGGAGGCUGCCCUCGCUGCUCCCAAGCUUGAGAUACCCUUACGCAGAUCUCAAAUGGAAAUAGAACCUGCUAAUGAAGGAGGAAAUGAGAAGGCACCAAUGGCCAUUGACAGUGGUGACAUGAAGAACUCUAUCCUUAAACCUGUUGGUGGUAUUCAAAAGAAGCGGAAAAACAAAUUGGUAGCAAAGCAGCUGCGGAAGAAGAGGCGUAAGAAUAAAAAGCACAACUUCUAAGUAAAUGUAUAGCCUGCAUGUUAGCUUUCUGGAUGGUGAAGUGUAUUUUCUAGUUUUGCUCUAGGAUGUUUACUUUAACAGCGCUAGCUGAAGUUUUGUUGAUCCUCACCUAGGUCAGGGUGGUGGCCCUGAAUGUAUUUCUAUUCAGCAAGCUAGCUUAGUUUUCCUUGUUUCUUGAGACCAACAUUGUUGACCAACAUUUCUACCUUCAUAUUUUAUCAUUUAGCAAUGUAACAUGGUUGGGUGUGUGUGAUUGUGGCUUUUUGCCAUUCUUCUUCAUUGCUCUGGUUUCACUCUUAAUUGAACUGAGUUCUGAGCAAAUGGGCGUCAGUUCAUAUUUAACCAGUUUUGGAAACAACAAUAAAUAAAUAAGGAGAAAUUUAUGUUUGGAA